GGUUAAAGAUCACCGAGCAGCGGAUCGUCUCCCGGUAGUGGCUCGGCGGGCAGCGCUGGCUCCUAUCUGUCAGCUCGCUGUGGAUUGUGGGAGUCGGGGACACUGCCCUGCUCGUUACCGGAGAAGGGGAGACAUUUUCCGCUGCGCUCCGUUUCUAGUCUGACGCUGGUUGCAUCGUCAGCAUCAUGUCCAGCCGAGGAGGAAAGAAGAAGUUGACCAAGACGUCUCGGUCCACUAAGGCCGGCGUCAUCUUCCCCGUGGGCCGGAUGCUUCGCUACAUCAAGAGGGGGCUGCCCAAGUAUCGCAUCGGGGUGGGAGCGCCCGUCUACCUGGCCGCCGUGCUCGAGUAUCUCACCGCUGAGAUCCUGGAGCUGGCCGGUAACGCAGCCAGAGACAAUAAAAAGGGUCGGGUAACGCCGCGACACAUCCUGCUGGCCAUCGCCAACGACGAGGAGCUCAACCAGUUGCUGAAAGGUGUGACCAUUGCAGCAGGCGGAGUUCUGCCCAACAUCCAUCCAGAGCUGCUGGCCAAGAAGAGAGGCGCCAAGGGCAAACUGGAGACGCCCGUCUCUCCUGCACCCGAGAAGAAACCCAAGUCAGUCAAGAAAACGGCAGCUAAGAAACUGAGCGGGAAGAAGGCAGGAGGGAAGGCCAAGAAGCAGGGCGAGGUGAGCAAGGCAGCGUCGGCAGACAGCACCACAGAGGGAUCUCCGGCCGACAGCUUCACCGUUCUCUCCACCAAGAGCCUCUUCCUGGGUCAGAAGCUCAACCUCAUCCACAGCGAGGUCAGUAACUUGGCUGGCUUUGACGUGGAGGGGGUCAUCAACCCCACCAAUGCUGAACUUGAACUUAAAGACGAUCUAGGCUCUGCUCUGGAAAAAAAGGGAGGGAAGGAGUUCACUGAUGCGCUGCAGGAGCUGAAGAAGAAGAACGGCCCUCUGGAGGUGGCUGGCGCCGUGUUGACCGCCGGCUUUGGUUUACCCGCCAAGUACGUCAUCCACUGCAACAGUCCUGGCUGGGGCUCCGAUAAGUGUGAGGAGCUGCUGGACAAGACGGUGAAGAACUGCCUGGCUCUGGCCGACGAGAAGAAACUCAAGUCUGUGGCCUUCCCCUCCAUCGGCAGCGGAAGGAACGGUUUCCCGAAGCAGACGGCGGCCCAGCUGAUCCUGAAGGCCAUCUCCAGCUACUUCGUGGCCACCAUGUCUUCCACCAUCAAGACCGUCUACUUCGUGCUGUUCGACAGCGAGAGCAUCGGCAUCUACGUGCAGGAAAUGGCGAAGCUGGAGACGAGCUAAAAGUAGGGAAUAUUCGCCUCCUUGUCCCUCUUCCCCCUGAUUUUUUCCUGCAAGGAGAGAGGAAACGAGCGAUUUGUUAAAUAUGAAGAGAAGAAGAAUCUUUCUAAAGGCCGGGAACUUGAUUUUGCAUUAUGUUUGUAUUUUUCCUAUAUUGUUUUUAAUUUCUUAUUGUCACCUCUGGCGUUUAAAUGUACAAGUGCACUGGUCAUUCUUGCGGUCUUUUAAUACACACAGUGCCACACAAAACAGAAUAAUCCAGCGAGCGAGAAGACUCACUGUAAGAUUUCAUUUUCAGGAUAUAUACGGUAAAAAAAAAAAAGAUGUUAUAAGACGUAGCUACACCUCAAUUACAAGGCUUCCAAAGAAGUCCGAUAAAUACGGGUUAAUGCAUGUAAAGGCAGUAAAGAUUUAAAAAAAACACAGAUAUUCUCUUUUCUUUUGAGCUCCGUAACACAAGACACGUAACUGUGUGUUUUCGUUUCAAUCCAGCGUUUUGGACAUCUCUGUUGUUAAUAGUUCUGUACAAUGAAAAGGUAAAGAAUUAAAGUUCAGUUUUGGUCUUCAGGAGACGCAUAGAACAGAAUAAUGGAAAGAGUUUUUGUUUUUGUGUUGUGUGUUGCAAAUUGCUCUUUUUGCCUUCGUUUGUGAGGCAAAAAGUGUUUUCGUAGUGUUCUGCAGACACCUUGAAUUUCCAAAACGACACGUGAUUGAAAAGAUUAAUUAACAGGAAAGUGAAAAUGAUGAUGUACACCGUCUGUCAAAAGUUUGAGGACGCUUUCUCAUUCAUUUGAAUGAGAAAGCGUCCUAAAACUUUUGACAUGGGCUGCACCUUUGAUGCGGAUGUUGUGAGUUUACACUGUAAACCGAACAUCUGUUGGUUAUUUACAGUUAAAAAGUGAUUAAUUUUUAAACAAGAAUUGGAGAUUGGAGGUCUUCGCAGUGCACCGAUGAUUUAUAUUGUGUGUUCCUAUAAGUGUUUAUAUAGAUGGGGUAUUUGUGAAAUGUUAUAGUAAAAUAUUGGACUGUAACAUAGAUUUUUAUUUUCUAUUUUAAUUUUCACACUGAUUCUAAAUGGCACAGGAUUUGAAAGAAGAAAAAAAAGUCGUAAGAGGUUGUUUUUUUUUGUGCGUGUUUCUGUCUUUGUUAAGCCAUAAAACGAGUGUGCUCAUGUUUUCGCUGGAGGCUCUCUGCUGUUGCUUUUGGUUUUGCUCGUCCAUUCAGCCGCCACCAGAUGGCUCCCUGUAAUCAGCAAUUGGACUUCUCAUCUCAGCCAUUUUCUGUGCAGCAGCAGCAGACUUCUUCACACAGACGCUGGUCGAUUUGAGUUGGAUUUGAAUUGGAACUGAUGGACGUAUAUAUAUAUAUAUAUAUAUAUAUAUAUAUAUGAGGAACCCGGCUGCUUUGCUGCAUUUGGACUUUUCGACAGCCUAACUUUCUUAUUAUAAAAAAAAAAAGAAAAAAUUAAAUGCUUUCUAAAGAAUUGCUACAAUUGAAGAUUCUACAAAAGGUCUGUACACACUCCGGUAAUAAAAUACCUUUAAAAACA